AUUCUCUCAAUUGAUCCCACGUCAAAGUUUUCACGGCACGUUGUACUAUCGAUUAUUGAUACAUCAACCCCCCGUCGCCCCCGUCUUUAUUAUUUCACGUCAAAGGGUUUUCACUUACCGGUGUCGUUGUGUGUCCCUGGUCGACACAUUCUUUCUCUCAGGAUUCUAUAUAUGACUGCUUGUUCUUCUCCAAAGCUAAACCACCCCCCUGGUUCUCGCCGCCGACAUCCUCUCAUUUACAUUUUCCCAAAUUUUGAGUCAUGUCGUCCUAUACCCCACAGACAGACUUGCCGCUUGAACGCUCUCGUCUCAUUGGAAUGAUUUUGGGGGGUGUAUCCUACGGGGUAUACCUUCUUCUGACUGUACAAACAGUGAUCGCUCUCAUGCAACGUCCCCGACACGGGCAGAAAAUUGCAGAUAAUCGUCGCACGCUUCUUUGUUACAUCCUCAUCACGUUCGCGCUUUCGACGAUAAGUUUUGCUUGCAAUGCAAAAUAUACGGAGAUGAUUUGGAUAGACCUUCGCGAUGCACCUGGUGGUCCUGUUGCGCUGAUUGAGAACGUAAUGCAUUACCGUAUCAACUUUGUGGCUAUAUUCUGUGGCUACGUCGCGGAGUGGCUCAUGCAAGCACUUCUCCUUUACCGAUGUUUCCUGAUUUGGAAUUGGGCGAAGCAAGUGAUGAUCCCAAUGUUCGCCCUCUAUAUUGGCAUGAUUGCAGUAGCCAUUGUCGUCUUGGUUCAUGCGGGUAUUGGGAAUCUGUUCUACAAUAUCAACACCACGCUUGCGUACCUCGCCUUCCUUGUGGCGAACACCAUGCUUUAUACCAUUCUCGUGGCGACACGUUUGCUCGCCAUGCGAAGCCAGAUGAAGACAGCAUUGGCUGAAUUUGAUUCUAGCACCUAUGAUACCGUCAUCCGCAUGAUCAUUGAGUCCGCCACGAUAUACACUGUCUUCGUUUUCAUCUACAUAGUUGCAUUUUCUAUUCAUGCAGACACACUUUCCACAUUAUGCUUCUUGUCUAUUAACCAAGCUCAAGGCAUUGCGCAGUUGUUCAUCAUCAUACGUGUAGCACGGGGUAGGGCAGUUACACAUGAGUGGAAGACCCGAGAUGCUCCAGCACCUACGACUCUGGCAUUCGCAGGGACUACAUCCAUGCCAGCAGAAGGAACCAACAUGGCACAAGCAACCGGGCCAGAGCAGGACAUUGCCAGUGAGUCGUGUUUUGUUUCGGUGAAGCCGGCGGAAGAAAAUGUAUAGCGUGUCAUACUUGAUUUAAUCUAUUUAUUGUCUUCGUCUGCGUUACAACCUCUUUGUAAUUUUAUGGACAUUCUCGUGUUUUCAGUCCAUUACUACUUUACUAUGAUGCAAGCAAUCCGCUCGCUCGCGGACGACUCCGU